AUUGCGCAGGUCAAAUUAGCGUCAAUUUUCUUUGACAAAUCAAAUAAUGAACUAACAAAACAAAAUUUGCACACGUAAAAGUGUAAAAUAAUAUAAUUCGCUUAGAAUUAGCUAAGAAUUAAUUUAAACAUAAGUUGACAAGUAAAGAACUAUGGCUACAGGAGGUUCUGGAGCUGUAUUUUUCCUCGGCACACGUGCUCAUUAUCAGGUGCUCCAACAGCCAGAACAGUCGUAUGAAGCGGAAAACGGCAACGCCUCAACGGAGACCAUUUAUCAAAACCCGACAGUUCGCGAGAUUUGGACGGACAACGGGCAGAGCGACAACGUCAGCUACGUCAGCGAGAGGACGAAUUGGAGUUACUGUGAUAAUGACGCCUCUGACGAUAACAGAUUGGAAAUGGGCGGUGUUAUCAAAAGGAGAAACAAACGUCGCCCAAGUGAGACGACACUGUGUGAGAGGGACAACGAAAUGAAACCAGCCCUUCUCAAUGCCUUAGACCGGGGUACGCCAGUAAGCAUGCCCCUCCGCCGCAUCUCGCCGCUCAGCUUCCUGUGCUCGCUCGCGCGGCGCAAGCGCACCUCCCCCCCGCCCCCGCCGCCGGCCCCGCACUCGCUGCAGCACAUCGAGAGCGCUCUCACCGCUUGCUCCUACAGGGAGUCGUGUCGGUGUCUCGACUGUCAGAGCCGUUACUUCGAAUGCGAUGACAGCGAUUACACGUCUGACGACAGCGAAGAUUUUGCCACGCGAUUUGUGGCGACCGUCGCGGGACAGGUCACUCGUGAUGUGGAGUACGGCGUACAUGACGACGAUGAUGAUGAUGAGGUAUUCAUAGACAAUGUGCCUGAUGAUAACACAUCCACAGACAUGUUGCUAACCACAGAGAAAAUGUCAGUAUCCUCAACAUCUUCGGAACCGGAGCCCAUGCAGUUGGAGGUAGCCGCUGGCACGCCAGUGCUUCUCAAUUAUCUUCUGACACACCCAAUCACAUGCUCUAUUCAGUAGAUAUGGAAGUCGGUGUUGCAGACUUCUUUUAGGCCGCACACUAGCGCCACCACUUGGUUCACGGGUUUCUGUGGCCACCGAUUUUGGUUAGGUAGUUAACGGUGACUACAUUGUGUUUUAGAAAACUAUUAUUCCGAUAAAAUUAUGUAUCUAGUGUGUCAUAAUUUGACAAGAUCAGUUUUUAUUAUCCCAACUAAAAAAUGCGAAAGUAUGUUUUUGUUUGUUACCUCUUAACGCAUUAUCUACUGGCCCGAUUGUUAUGAAAUUUGUGAACACACGGGUGAAAAUAAACUGGAAUAACACAUAGGGUACUUUUUAUCCCGAAAUUCUCACGGGAGCGAAUCCCCGGGGCGCAGCUAGUUGCCAAUAAAUAAAUCGAUAAAAAUGUGAUGGUGGCGCGAGAUACGGUCUUAAACGGACAACGGAAACAAAUUUUUUAAAACAUGACAGAUUUUUUCAUUAAUAUCCUUAUGAAACAAAAUGUGAUUGUAGCAAAAAUAAAUCAACUAUCUAAUUAUCUUUGAAUGAACGCCUUCAAACGAUAAAUUUGCUUCAGAUGUCCCCUUAAGUCUGUCUUGCCUAUUACCAGCAUAUUCUAAUAUAACAAAUAUAUAGUAGAAACACAUAACUACCUUCGUAAAAUACCUUUGAUUGUAUUCCUAAAGCAUAAUCAUGCUUAAUCUUUGUGCAGCGCGGGAUAAAGAAAUUACUUAAUUAGCGUAAAAAGCUUUUCAGUAUUUGGUAAUUUGAUACUUCAAUAAAUUAAGAUAGGUAUUACAAUAUUGAUAAGGUAAAAUAUUGAUAAUCACAUGCUGCCAUGUAGAAUUGUAAGAUUCGAUCUCAACUUUUUAAUAUAAGAAUAUUAAAUUAAAUUGCCAAUUAUGCAGGAGGCUUAAUCUGAUGUGAGUCAACCAGUUAUAAUAAUUAAUACAAAAUGGCAUGGCUUCUUGACAAAUGUUUUUACACAAAUAUUUUUUUUUAUUACAAUGACAUUAAGUAGUUAAAAUACAUACGUGUGUGACAGUGACAUUUUAUUUUAUCUUAUUUUAAUCUGAUGUCAUUUUAUAAUUUUUAAAUAUGUUAUUAUUAAUAUUUGCAUGCUGUCGACAACGGCUAUACAGGCUUGUUCCAAACCAUUAUGUGAAUAUUGUGUUACCUACUCUAUUUAAGCAAAUAAAAUAAUUUGAUUUGAAAAAAUAUCGGUCAUAGCCAGCAAAUUGAAUAAUUUUCAAAUUAUAUUGUAUCAUAAGUUGUAUUGUAAUUAAUUAAAUGAUAAUUUUUUGUCAGGUUAUUUUUUAGUAUAAGAGCACGGCCUUAUAUAGAUUGAUUAGCUAUAUAUUAAUAUAGCUAAUCAAAAAGGAACUGCCCGAAAUUGAGUGAGGAAUAAUAUUUAGGUAAAUAAAAUAUGAAAGUAUUAGGGUUUAGAUUACAAGUUUAUUUGUUAGACAAAUUAAAAAAAAAAACCCGUCUUUCAAUAUUCAUUUCGCUACAACUUUUGCAUGGCUGAACUGAUUUUGAUCAAACAUAACUGAGAAUCACCGCAUAAAAAUUAGCUAUCAAAUAAACAAAACCGCAUCCAAAUAGGUUUACCCGUUAAUUAGCUACAGUGACACGUACACAGACAGACACACUUAGCGGACAAACUUGUGACUUAAUCUUUUUGCGCUGGGGGGUUAAAAAAGAAAAUGUUACGAAGAACCUG